CAUACCGAAUCAGUCUUGUAUCAUUAUCGUUACAGAACGCACGGCCGUUCGGAAUUGUAUAUAUAUAAUAUACACGUGUGUGAGUGAAUAAAGUUUGUACUGUGAAAUAAUGCGGUGUAUUUGAGUGAUUGUUCAUUGUUGAUCGUGUGUUGUUUUAGCGUGACCAGGCCUGAUGAUGCAGAGCAGCUCACCGAAAUGGCGCUGGUUCGUCGCCAUCGGCAGCGCCAUGAUGGCAGUGGGGACUCUCGCAUCGGCCCUGCUAUGGAGCGUCAUCUUCGACUCCAUACUGCAGUCGCAAUUGGCGCUGAUACCUGGUUCACGGUCUUAUCAGAUUUGGCUGGCUCCCUCUGUCCCCCUGUACUUCGAGAUCUACCUAUUCAAUUGGACGAAUUCCGAGACAUUCCCUAUAGAUAAACCUCAUUUGGUGCAAACGGGGCCUUAUCGCUUCAGGGAGCAUCGUGAGCACGUCAACGUGACCUGGAACCAGGAGGAGCACACCCUGGGCUACCGGACCUUCAGGAGCUGGGUGUUCGACGAGACCAGCGAGGGAAACCUUGAUGAUAUCAUCACUACAGUGGAUGUGAUCACCGCUUCAGCCGUUCACCGCGAGCGUCCCAACCAGAGCCACUUCGAGCAGUAUAUGUUCAGUCUCUUCUUGAAGAACACGUUCACGGGCCACCGUGUACCUGUCACCAGGACCGCCAGGGAGCUGCUGUUCGAAGGUUACAGCGACUGGCUGCUGACACUGGCCCAAGUCAUGCCCGACGAUUCAGGAGCACCUAAACUUGAUAAGUUUGGAUGGUUCUAUCAGAGAAACAACUCAUUGGAGACUGAGGGUUAUAUGGAGGUGACCACGGGCGAAGUCAGCGGUACUCUCCCUGGACAAAUCGUGAGGUGGAACCAUGAAGACCAUCUGGUUUAUUAUGAAGGACAAUGUUCGCGGCUAUCAGGCAGCGUCGGCGAGUUCCUCCCCAGGAACCUGUCGGAACAUUCGGAGCUGACGAUGUUCCUCCCGGACCUGUGUCGAACGGUGGUACUGCCCUACCUCCACAGCGGCCAGGUGUUGGGGCUCAACUACCACAAGUUCGGAAUGUCGGCAAGCAGCUUCGAUAAUUCGACAGCGUCAUCAGAUAACUCUUGCUUCUGUAACGGACCUUGCGAGUGGGGAGGCGUCAUGAACGUGUCUGCAUGCAGGUUUAACUCCCCAUCAUUUGUGACGCUUCCACACUUCCUGCACGCUGACCCUCGUCUCAAAGAGCUGGUCACGGGAUUGGAGCCUGACCCUGAGAAACAUACCUUCUACUUUGCUGUCGAACCUAGACUCGGCGUUCCCGUAGACGUGGCGGCCAGGUUUCAAAUAAACAUAUAUUUGGAGCCUGACAAUGGACUGUACUUAAACGUGCCAAAGAUGCUGUUCCCCGUGUUCUGGAUCCAACAGCGUGUGCUGAUCGACGAGAAGACAGCUGACGAGCUGGCCAUGGUGCGCAACAUCCUGGACUGGGGGGCCACCUUCUGCGUGGGCACGGCGCUGGCGUUCGCCAUAGCGGCGGCCGUAGCCACCUGCAACUGCUGCAGAAGAAAAAAACCUGAUUAUAUCAAACCUAAGAAUGUGUGUGAGAAAUUAAAAGAUGAUGCCGAAAUAAAAUUGAAUCCUAUUUGAUUUGAGUUAGAACUGAACAUUGUAUGCAGAUAGUUUAUUUUUAUUUUGACAAUAAUAAUUAUAGUUUGCAUGGACGUCGCUUCUUCGUUUAAAGCGUUAAAAGGGGGUAAUUAUAGAUAAAUUGACGUAGGAAAAAAGGCGGACGGAGUUUUAUUGUACGGCAAAAUGAAGCACUAAUACUAUAUGUCUAUAUAAAUAUUUAAUAUAAAAUAUAGUAUCGUUGAGUUAGUAUCUCGUAACACAAGUCUCGAACUUACUUCGAGUCUAACUCAAUGUGUGUAAUUCGACCCUUAUAUAUUUAUAAUUUAUAAAUUUUAUUUAGAUGAGCCUCACGUGCCGUGUGGUUCCCGGCACCAAUAAAAAAAAGAAUAGGACCACUCCAUCUCUUUUCGAUGGAUGUCGUAAAAGGCGACUGAGGGAUAGGUUUUCAAACUUGGGAUUCUUUUUAGGCGACAGGUUAGCAACCUGUCACUAUUUGAAUCUCAAUUCUUUCAUUAAGCCAAAUGGCUGAACGUGGCCUUUCAGUCUUUUUAAGGCUGUUGGCUCUGUUUAUCCCGUAAGGGAUAUAGACGUGAUGAUAUGUAUGUGUAUGUAUGUAUGAGCCUCACGUACACACUCUCACCUAUAGUGUAACAGUCGGCCGAUAUUAUGUCAUAGAUGCGUCAUAGAUUAACUCGGUUUCUUUCACUCACACAUACGUACAAUGCCGCCAUUACGAUGCCUCACUUUUUUUCAAGUCAUACCACGUCUGCCUUUUUUUCUACGUCUAUGGUAUAAUUAUAACAAAAAAGCGUUGGAGCAUCUGAAAGUAUAAAAGAGGGUGCUAGUGUCCGUUAUGUACGUAACUGUACAUUAUAAUACUGUUUUUAUUAAACGAAAUAAUACAUUAUUUUUGUACAAAACGAAUGUUUGAAUGAAUCGAAAGUUGAUGGAACAAAACAAUGUCUCUAUGUGUAAUUCCAGUGUUGCAAUUAUCAUAUUCUUAAAAAUAGUCUAGUAAACAAGGUAUUACAUCUAUAAAAAAUUCCAUGACUAAAUAGUUGAAUGAGUAUGUAUGUAUUGGAUGGUCGUUCGUAUCUGGCUGUUAAAAAAAAUCUCAUUUGUAAAUAGGUUUGUUAAUGUAAACAGUUACCAACUUAUCAUAAUUAGACAUUGAAAAUAAUGAACAACCAUAUGACGGAAAUUUUGUCGAAAAAUGGCAGGAAAUUUAAUAUAUUCUAAAUUUUUUUCUUUUUUUUUUUCUUUCAAAAAUUUCAAGUUACUAUUUUUAUAUUAUUAACCCGUUAUAAAAUAAAUAUGUACAAUUUUAUUUCAAUUAACGAUAAUAUUAUUUUCAUUCGCGUGAAAAUUCCUGCCAAACUUCGUAUUUAAAACAUUUAACAUAGUAAUUGUAUAUAAUUAGCAAUAAGUUAAUUUAAAUACGUGUCAUAUUUUUUUAUACAUCUUAUUUAUUUAAAAAAUAUUUGCUCGGGGCCAAUGUUAUGAUCCAAAUUUUAUAUACUUAGUUAAGAAAUUUAACAAAUAGGAAAUAUAAAACAACCAUAUCUAUUUAAAUAAACGUAAUGAAGCAGAACAAAUGUUUUUCAAAAAUAAUACAUAGAAAUGAUUGUAUAUCAUAAUAUAAAUAGAGUAUUCGUAAAUUUGAAGUAAUAAAAUAUUUUUUUAAUAUGUAAAUUAAAUGUGGUCUUAUAUUUCAUGUGAUAAAUUAAUGUUUAUGGUAUUUAAAAAAAAAAUUAAUAAGUGAGUAAUAAAAAUAAGUCUUAUAAUUUUAAAGGUUGUUUGUACCAAUACCAUAUUCAAUAUAUAUUUCAAUUACUUUUGCAAAACUAUAUACCGAAUAUGAGUUAGAUUACCUAAAACGUUAAUGUUCGCUUUAUUUAAAAAUCUAAUUUCCCACUGACAGGCGGACCUCGGGUUCCUCUCCAGAGAGGUGAGGACGCACCGUGACCAACACCAGGAAGCCGAUAAAAAUGAUAUAAAACAAUGGCAUUAAUAAUUAAGAAAUUUGUAUAAAAUAAUUUUAACUUUUAGAUUUUUUUUAAUCGGAUCAAACAUGGUACAUCAUUGUGCAUUAUCACUAAAUACUCUACGUCCACAAAGUGGUCACCAUUUAAUACACCUGAUGGCUUUUUAAAUACCAGUCAAAUUUUCAUACCAAAAAUGUCCGAUAGAAAUUUUAAUUCGUUUUUGAAAAGAGAAUUCCAGUGUAUUGGAAUCAGCUGACCGCUUAAUUUCUAUAUUUGAAAUUAGAAAAAAGAAAAAUAAUUAACAUUAAAACCUUUGAAUGUUUUGCUCAGAAAAUUUGGCCGUUUAAAAAGUCACCUGGUAUAAAAUGUAAAAAUAAUUAUAGGUAGGUAAUUUAGUAAUUAGUUAUUACGUAUUAUUAAGUUUAAUAAGACCAAAGACGUUAUGCACUUAUGGUAAUGAAUGGGGAAUGAGAUUAUACGGUCAGUAUGAAAAUUUGUGUACAGUGAGCUACAUAUCUAAGCUCGCUACCGACUUACGAGUCAGAUUUAUUUUUACCGGAUCACAUUUAGGUACAAUCAAAAUGACGCUCAUCCGCUUAUUAAGCUCCUGUAUUUAAUUAUAUUUUCAUAAGAUUACAUUCCUGUAUUGUGUAAUAUAUUUUUAAUUUUGUAUUGACAAUAAAUAACUAAUAAUAUACUUAAAAUA